CUACCAUCAGCUGUGAACUCGAAAGAAGAAGAAGAAAAAGAAGGGUCCGCAGUUGAGGGUCGUUUUUUUGGGAGUUUUGGGAGCUUUUUUGGAGGGGCUUUUUGGGGAGGUUUUGUUCCACAGCUGUGGUGGAACAGAGGAUCAGCCGGACUGUAGAAAGUCUUUUCAACACGCUGCUCUACAUUUAGUCCUAAACUCACAGAAACACCAACAUCAGAAUCUGCAGCAGCUUCAUCCACAUACUGAUCAUCUACUCCUACUCUAAUCUCAUCAGCGACUUUCUGAAUCUUCAUGAAGCUUUAAAACAAGAACUGAAGAUGUUGUAAGUCUUCUCCAGCUCUCAGUGUGGACUUUACAACCUGGCUGAAGUUUACCUCUGCAAACAACAAAUCAGGAGAUCAAUGUUAAACUUCUGAAAGAGGUUUCUACAUCUCACAAGCAAAUGAAUCCAAGUCCAGAGAAGGAAAUUGACCACUGCUCAGACUUUGAGAAGAGUUUUACCGCACAAAAUGAUCUCAAAAAUCACCAAAUAAUUCACACAGGAGAGAAGCGGUAUCAGUGCUUAGACUGUGGGAAGAGUUUUACUCAACAGGGAUCUCUCCAGCGACACCAGCUCAUUCACACUAGAGAGAAACCGUAUCUCUGCUCAGACUGUGGGAAGAGUUUUAAUCGAACAAUUUCUCUCCAGCUACACCAGCGCACUCACACAGGAGAGAAACCCCAUCAAUGUUCGGAGUGUGGGAUGAGUUUUAAUCGCCUGAGUAAUCUCCAACGACACCAUCGCAUUCACACAGGAGAGAAACCGUAUCUGUGCUCAGACUGUGGGAUGAGUUUUAGUCUUCAGAGUAAUCUAAAAAGUCAUCAGCUCAUUCACAAAGGAGAGAAGCUGUAUUGCUGCUCAGACUGUGGGAGGAGAUUUAAUCAUCAGAGCUAUCUCAAAAAACACCAGCUCAUUCACACUGGAGUGAAAUCAUUUCACUGCUCAGAGUGUGGCAAGAGUUUUAGUUUUCAGAGUACUCUCAAAGUGCACCAGCGCAUUCACACUGGAGAGAAACCGUAUCAGUGUUCAGACUGUGGGAGGAGUUUUAAUGUUCAGAGUGCUCUCCAGCGACACCAACGCAUUCACACAGGAGAGAAACCCUAUCCGUGUUCAGACUGUGGGAUGAGUUUUACUCAGCAGAGUCACCUCAAACAACACCAGCUCGUUCACACAGGAGUGAAACCAUAUCACUGCUCAGAGUGUGGGAAGAGUUUUAUUCGACUGAGUAAUCUCCAGCUACACCAGUGUAUUCACACUGGAGAGAAACCGUAUCGAUGCUCAGAGUGUGAGAAGUGUUUUAUUACACAGAGUGACCUCAGUACACACCAGCGCAUUCACACUGGAGAGAAACCGUAUUACUGCUCAGACUGUGGAAAGAGCUUCAGACAUUCUAAUACAUUUAGAAAACACAAGUGCUCUAAGAGCAGUUUAGAAAUGGGCAGCAACUCUCCUCCAACCAUCUCAGGUCCCAACACAGAUCCUGAAAUAGAGUGAAGAAGGCCAUUAAAGCAACACUCUUGUUAUUGAUUGUCUCUCAAAUGUAUAUUUAAUUGAGGAAUAUACAGGUGCAUCUAAAAAAAAUAGAAUAUCAUUGAAAAGUUACUUUAUUUCAGUAAUUCAGUUCAAAAUAUUAAACUCAUGUAUCAGUGUCUCAGAAAAUAAUAAUAUUAUUAAAGACCAAUUGGUACUUUUGGCAGUGUGGACAGUGUGCCUGCUGGACAGUCCUGCUGGAAAAUGAAAUAUGCAUCUCCAUAAAAGUUGUCAGCAGAGGGAAGCAUGAAGUGCUGUAAAAUCUUCUGAUAGACACUGCACUGAUUUUGGACUUGAUAUAUCACAGUGGACCAACACCAGCAGAUGACUUGGCUCUCCAAACCAUCACUGAUCAUCAGUAAAUGUUGCAUUUCAUUUAUUUUCAUUGUCUGUAAGCCAUAAUCAUCAACAAUAAAAGAAAUAAAAAUCCUUAAAAUAGAUCAUAUAUAGAUGUUUAAUACAUCUACAUAAUGAGUUUCACAUUUUGAGCUGAACUUUUCAAAUAUAUUCAAAUAAUUUUUAGAUGCACCUGUAUAUAAUAUAUAGUAUAUAUAUAAUUUAAUAUUAUUAAUAAUAGAAAGAAUAUUAUAGUUAUUUACUUUGAAACCAUUAUUAGAUUGUGCUGAUGACAAAUGCUACUUUGUUGUCCUUCAAAUAUGUUCUAAUAUGUUUUUAACGAUUUACAUUCUUACUGUUAAGAAUGUUUCAGUGAGGUGAUUUAUUUAUAUAUUUUCAGCUAAUACAUUAGUAUGCAGUUACCGUAUAUCACAUGACCCAAACAGACAUAUCCAGUUGGCUGGCAUGCUCAUUAAUUACAACUUGAAGUAAAUCUAAAAACAGAAGUGAGUGACUGUUGUAAGCUACUGGUGUUCUAGCUGAAGGUUGCCGAUCAUCCUGUGUUUUGAUAAGUCCUUUAUGAUUUGGCGGCAGGACCUUUUUUAUCCUGCGUAACCAAACUGGACUGGGGCAAAUGUAGUACCAAUCUAAAAAUAUUUUUAUGUAUAUAUUAUACACAUAUCUACAUACAGUACUUGUACAGUUUUGUUUCCUGUUUAUUCACGCAGAAGGUGCUUCACACUAAAGCAAUGAGUGGAAUGCAAGAGAAUAAAGAGCCUUAAGGUGGUUUAACUGGA